AUGAGUACUGAAAGGCUCACAGAAGUCCAGGACUCAAUCUCCGAGGCUCUGGAUCGAAUCCCCGUAGAGGGACCUCAAGUGAGAUUCGCAAAAUGCACUCAUAAACCGGGAUACUUGGUAAUGAUGUGCGUGGAUCGCACUAGUGCAGACUGGUUGAAGGAGGUCAUCCCAACCAUAAAACCCUGGGAGGGAGCUACCCUGACAGUGUUGGGAGGGGGGAAUACUUACCUGAAACCUACACCUGCACUACCUUCAUUUCUGAUGAGAGAGGGCAAAAGCCAGAGGCGGAAAAAUUUCUGCACCGGCUCAAAGUCGCAAAUCAUGGGCUAA